UCCCCAAAGGGCCUAUGAUCAGAUGUGCGGAUCAAUGUUUGUGAUACACAUGGGAUCGUUCUCGGUAAGACGCGGUGUAUAUAUCACGACAAGUUGGCUCUCGCUGCUCUUUGCUUCUGCUCUGUCUCUGAGCACCAGCCACCACUUCGUUCAGCCUUCCUGCUUUUCUUUUUAAUCCUUUCAAGGCCCAGGUUUUCCAGUCGCUGGUCGAUUGGAAGUCUCUAAUCGCGUUUCAAAUCUUUCGUGCGACUCUUAGAAGGAAAUUUCAACAUACUCCAGGUCAUCAGUGUUAUGUCUUGCGUACUGCUUUCAGACCCAAUCCCGGUGGAAGGAAUGUUCAAGGUUGGAUUGUUUGAUAAUUCGCACUCAAACCAGUCUGUCGUGUUGACAAUGGGGUGCAGAGCGCAACGACGGACUACGUGGCAUGUUUUGCUUGAGAUACCCCAUGAAUGCAACGAAUGGUUACUCGCGUACCUUUUGACUGCCGUAGUCAGAAACGGCAUCCCUCGCAGUCUCUCAUUGGCAAACAUCGACGUCUUCACCCUCGAACAAGAGCGUUCCAGCCUCCCCGAACAAUUAUUCCUCUCAUUUGAACUCAAAGAUGGAGAACAUUUAACUGCGCCGAUAAGGACGCUUACAGGGAACCCACAACAAUUCAUGUCAGGCAACGAGGGUCGGCGUCCACUCCAUUUUCUCGACUGUUCCCUGACCGAUGAUCACUCUCUGGCGAUGCCGGAGGUUAAUACACCCCGUACUGAUCCCGCCGUUUGCGCUGAUGCUGUGGAAAUUGCCAUGUGCAUUGCUGAGGAGGUAGCUCGCUUGAGCGACGCGCCGAAUCCUGUACCGACGGACAUGCCCCUGCCAUUCGCGGAUAUGGACGCCAUGGCAGUGCAACGGCUUCAAUCGUGGCUUCUCACACGAUAUGAUUGGCCAGAGGAUAUUUCUCUCUUGUCCGAUCCUCAUGUCUCCCCGGAGAAACUGGCGAGCAAUAUUGUGGACACCUUAUCAUCCAUUUCGACUCAGACAGUGAACGUACCUGCAGGCGUCAUGUCAACUACACGUACAAAGAAACCACGUCGUCUGCAUCCUAGGAGGAACCUUUCAGUUACCGUCCCUGAACCAGAAUUAGCAAUCCUCAUUCCAACAACAUCGUCAGUAACUUCCCCUGAGAGGUCGACAGUUCUGCCAUGUUACAGUCCAGCACACUUUACAACUCCACCGUCCAAUGUUGACGAGACAGUACUUGACAUGGGGAUGGCUCCAUAUGAGUCUUGGACUGGCAAGAAGACAGGAAUGAUUGUUGGUCUAAUGGCUCUUGGUGCAUUCUUUGGCUCUCCGACAUCUACAUCCUUUAAAGCAGCGCGGCACCAGAGAACGCCUCUUGGCCUGGGUGACCCAUCCCUUCUUCUGGACAUCCGCUCCCCUCCUGUAGAACAUACUUCCAUUCUCUCUCCUUGGUUGGAUGUUCUCCACUUCCAUGGUUGCGAGCCAGUCCAGUCACCCUGGGUGGCAGAUGGAGCGCAGUCGAAUUUUCCACUCAGUCCCUGAAUAUUUUGACGCCUUUUAUGACUUUACGAACGAGACGAAUGGCGGCUGGAUUUGCUGGACAUUUUAUUUCGUUGCAUAUCCCGUCGUCCACGAUCUGGGCCUUUGAAAGUUUUCCCUUCAUAUUCUUUUCUUCAGAGCUGGUCUCUUUCUCGCUUAUUGUAAUGCUGCAGGACAAUGAUAAGGCUGUUCUUAGUGGUCAUUUUGCUUUCUGGUGAAUAGUGCGGCUUGGAGGGAUUGAACGCGCAACGCGAUCCGUGACCAUUGAAUACGCGUGACGUCACAUCGUAUCCGUGCAAACUCCGUGUCACGCAUGCCCAAAGUAUAGUUGGACGUCUUUCGUUUGCACUGCCAACUGAGGUUCCCUUGCUGCCCCUCGUUUCCUGAAUUUUCUCGUAUUCUGCCCUCCUCAUAGCUGUAGAUUGGCACUUACAAGGAAUGGCAACAAAAGCUAGCUCAUCACGGAGGA